GCGUGCUCACCAUAAAGACUGCUUUACUUCUCCCAAGUUUGGAGAGCACCGAACCUGGUAACCUACCAUGUCCAUGUCUGAUCGUUUGGCUUUGGUGACUGGAGGAGCGAGUGGCAUCGGGAAAUGUGUGUGUCACGCCCUUGCCAUGGAAGGCGCGACGGUCGUUGUGGCCGAUAUAAACGAAGAUGCUGCGACUGAAGUGGCUGUGUCCUUACCUGGCAACGUGAGUCACAUCGCAUCACAAGUGGAUGUCCGGUACACAGAGUCGGUGGCUGCCCUUUUUGACAGCUUGCUGCAACAAUCUCUUCCUUUAAGCAUCGUGGUGAACAGCGCCGGCGUUUUUUUACCGGCAACUGGAAUCGUAGACACCACAGAUGACGACUUUGACAAUGUCAUCAGUGUAAACCUACGGGGUACGUUCCUGGUGACGCGGGCCGCAGCGCAGUCCAUGACCGCCCAAGGUGUCAGCGACGGUGUUAUUGUGAACGUGUCCAGCAUCCUCGGACUCGGAGGGUCGCGCGGAUGGGCAGCCUACGCAGCCUCCAAGGCGGGAGUGAUCGGUCUCACCAAGAGCGUCGCCCUGGAGCUCGCGCCCAAAGGCAUUCGAUGCAACGCGGUACUUCCGGGCCCCAUCGACACACCGAUGACGGCGCCUUUCCCCGACGCCGUGAAGGCCGAAGUCACUGCCGCAAUUCCUACGGGCAGAAUGGGAAGGCCCGAGGAGAUUGCUGAGGUCAUCAAGUCCAUGUGCGGCCCAGGGUUCUCCUUCAUGACGGGCGCCGCGGUCGAAGUCACCGGAGGCUACGCGCUCUGAUACGACAAGUAGCGGUGAAAAAUAAAUCUGUCUGUAGUUGAAGGCUGCGGGACGGAAC